GGUGCCUGCCAGAGGGCAGAGGGGCCUGAAAACUAAUCAUCGUCGUCAGCUUCGCCACGGCUCCAGCGCUCUAGAAUCGCCCCAAUCCUCCUCUCAGCUCGUCCAGGUGGAAUACCCCAGCAGCUCAACGAACGCAUUCAAAGGAUUUCGUUUAUUAGUCUGCUUGCUGCGCCCCCCCUUCGUCCGCUCUCCCGCCCUCUCUCUCUCUCUUCUGCAGCUGCUGCAGGCCUUGCUCUGGUGGAUUGGCCUACUUCGCGAUGCUGCUAUAGCUGCAUCUCCCACGGUCAGCUCGCCCCGACAGCUCUCUCGCCUGUCCUACCUUUCGCCGCUGCUUUCUGCGCCUACCGACCGAAUCCCGAAACAAAACCACUCCUCCAAUAAUAUCGCAUCUCGCCCGCCGCCAUGCGCCUCUUCCUCCUCCCGCUCUCGACGCGGCGCACGCUGCUGUACGCGCAGCGCCUCAAUGUCGUCACCACGGCGCAGGACCGCAGCUACCUCGACCGCGGCACCGUCUGGGCCGCCAAGACGUGGGCUACAUGGGAGAAGCAGGAGUCGGGCUGGAAGCGCAAGGUCGUCGACUACGGAAACUACGCCUUCCGGCGCAUCCCCUACCAGGAAUGGGGCCUCAAGAGCGUCCCGCCGCUGUCGACGCGGCGCCGUGCGGAUGAAUUGGAGGGAAGGGAAGAUAUCGAGGUGUGCUACCCCAGCUCCGUUAUACCGCACGCCAAGGCUGAGGGGAUCCUCCGCACGCUGGCGACGGAGCGGCAGGCCCUGCAUCGCCGGAAGCUCAUCUGGUGUUGCGUGGGCAUGCCCAUCUCGAUCCCCUUUGCCCUCGUACCAGUAAUCCCUAAUCUACCCUUCUUCUACCUCUUGUACCGCGCGUGGUCACAUUGGCGAGCCAUUGCGGGCGGCAAGCACAUCCAAUGGCUCCUCGAGAAGAAGCUCGUCAAGCCCGCGCCCUCCAAGAUUCUCGACGAGCUCUACGCCACCCACGCCGCGACCCCCAAGGAGCCCCAAAACAAGGAGCAGACGCUGCUGACCCAAAAGGAAGUCCAGACCUUCUCCAGCCAGCUCGACAUCCCCGCCCUGGAGAUUGAGCUGGAGAGGGCCAUAUGGCAGGUUGAGCAGUCGCUCAAGGACCCCAACCAGGAGGAGACGCCCAAGGAUGCCUCCGCUGGAACGGUCUCGGAAAAGUCGGACACGCAGGCGUCCCCUCCCCCGGAGAACAAAUCGGAUAACAAAAAGGAUCAAUGAGUCAAAAGCUGCUAUGCCUUAGACGAUGUAUGAUAUGAUAAUACUGGCACGGUCACGCAUUUCAAUAACGACGGACGCAUAGAAGGGGGACAAAUGACGGACGGGGUACGCGGGUAUAUUCAUAGACACUUCUCAACACCAGGCCAGGGGGGCGCCGAGCAAAAUCACAAUUCUUC